GCCUAUAAAAUGCCUGCCUGCUACUAUGGCUUUUCCUCAUUCCCUUCUACAAACACCAUCAUGUUGAUUUCCCGCUCAAUCAUUUUUGCGGUGCUCAGCUUCCUCGCUGGCGCAAAUGCAUGUGUACAGUGCCCAGCCACGUUGCAGGUCGACGAUAGAACCUCGCACCUAUACGAGGCCUUCCCACUGGUAAAAAACCAGAGCAGAUUUUGCGUUUACAACGACGACAAGUUGAAUGGCGACGACUCAUCGGUGGCCUGUGAGUAUGACAUAGAGAACGGCCAGCUUGUGGAGGGGUAUCGGUCUUGUCCGUAUAAAGCAACUGUGAAGAAUAGCUGCUGAACGUGAUGUGAAGAGGUGGGG